GAAGCAGGAAGUAGUCUGCGGGGCGCAGGACGCGGCGGCGGCUGGGCUCUGUUCACAGUCAGGGUCUCACUCCAGCCCCGAGGCGCGAUGGAGAAGCUGCGGCUCCUGGGCCUGCGCUACCAGGAGUACGUGACCCGCCACCCGGCCGCCACGGCCCAGCUGGAGACAGCGGUGCGGGGCCUCAGUUACCUGCUGGCAGGUCGAUUUGCCGAUUCCCACGAGCUGUCAGAACUGGUGUACUCGGCCUCCAACCUGCUGGUGCUCCUGAACGACGGCAUCCUGCGGAAGGAGCUUAGGCAGAACCUGCCCGUGUCUCUGUCCCAGCAGAAGUUGCUGACAUGGCUGAGUGUGCUGGAGUGCGUGGAAGUGUUCAUGGAGAUGGGGGCCGCCAAGGUGUGGGGGGAGAUGGGCCGUUGGCUGGUCAUCGUCCUCAUCCAGUUGGCUAAGGCCGUGCUGCGUGUCCUGCUGCUGCUCUGGUACAAGGCUGGCCUCCAGACCUCACCCCCCAUUGUGCCGCUUGAUCGGGAAAUGCAGCUUCACCCCCAAGGUGGUGAGCGCAGCAUGGACAGCCAGGACCAGCCCUAUGUGGGGAAGCGGUCCAACCGGGUGGUGCGAUCCCUGCAGAGCACACCAUCCUUGCACUCAAGGCACUGGGGAGCCCCUCAGCAGCAGGAGGGGCGGAUACACCACCGAGGGGAGGAGCUGGAAGCCGGCCCAACCCCACUGGGGCUACAGGAGACCAUUGCCGAGUCAGUGUAUAUAGCCCGACCCUUGCUGCACUUGCUGAGUUUGGGCCUGUGGGGUCAGCGGUCAUGGAAGCCUUGGCUCCUCUCUGCCAUCUUGGACGUGACCAGCCUAAGUCUGCUGAGUGACAAAAAAGGGCUGACUCGGCGGGAGCGCUUGGAGCUCCGGCGACGGACCAUCCUGCUACUUUACUACCUGCUGCGCUCCCCCUUCUAUGACCGUUUCUCUGAGGACAGGAUCCUCUUCCUGCUGCGGCUGCUGGCUGAUUACAUUCCUGGUGUUGGCUUGGUCACCCGGCCACUGAUGGACUACUUGCCUGCUUGGCAGAAAAUUUAUUUCUACAAUUGGGGCUGACAGGCGAUCCAGGGCUGAGGAGGAGGGCUGCUGAGAGGGUGGGGGAUGUGGGGGGCGUGAUCUGCUGCAGGAUCAGACAGCCCAUCCCUUCAGCCUCUCAGCUCCUCUGUCCUCUAAUAAAACUGGCCCCUAGUGAUGCUCCUAAGUGUGUCCCCUCUGUGCCCCCACAGCAGGGGGAGCCCAGGGCCCCACAGAGAGCCCAAACCCAGCUGGCCUUCCAGGGAGCCAGAGCCACAGAAGUCACUGGGGCUCCAUAAUGAAUGGCCACUCGUUCUACUCAGCAUAGCUCUUGGGCCUGAGAGGUCACUACUGCAGCCUGGGCCUGCCCUACACUACAGUGACACCUCUCUUAAUGAGCCUCCUAUGAAGCUCCAUCAUGUGCAAUCAGCUUUGUUCAAAAGCAAGAAGCUUCUAAUCCCUGGAAGGUAGAACUGGCACCUUCCAGCCUCAGGACCAUCUACCUUUGGUCAGGGCUUCCUGUCGAAGGUAAAUAGGGAGGACCUUGGUAGAGCUGGGAUCUGGUCGGAGGGAGUCCUUCGACUUCCAGGGUCUCCCCUGUCCUCUCCUCCCCAACUCAAAAAUAAGAAAAGGCUUCACUUUCACAAUGAACACUUUUGACUGCUAA